AUGGGCGCGCUGCUUCGAGCACUCUUGCUCCCGCUGCUGGCGCAGUGGCUCUUGAGCGCGGUCCCUGCGCUGGCCCCCGCGCCCUUCACGCUGCCCCUCCAAGUGGCCGGGGCCACGAACCACAGAGCCUCGGCUGUUCCCGGGCUGGGGACCCCAGAGUUGCCCCGGGCCGAUGGCCUGGCCCUCGCACUGGAGCCUGCCAGGGCUACCGCCAACUUCUUGGCUAUGGUGGACAACCUUCAGGGAGACUCUGGCCGCGGCUACUACCUGGAGAUGCUGAUCGGGACCCCUCCGCAGAAGGUACAGAUUCUUGUGGACACUGGAAGCAGUAACUUCGCUGUGGCAGGUGCCCCACACUCCUACAUAGACACCUACUUUGACUCAGAGAGCUCCAGCACAUACCGCCCCAAGGGCUUUGACGUCACUGUGAAGUACACACAGGGAAGCUGGACUGGCUUUGUUGGUGAGGACCUUGUCACGAUCCCAAAAGGCUUCAACAGUUCUUUCUUGGUCAAUAUUGCCACUAUUUUCGAGUCUGAGAAUUUCUUUUUGCCUGGGAUUAAGUGGAAUGGAAUCCUUGGACUUGCUUAUGCUGCUUUGGCCAAGCCAUCAAGUUCUCUGGAGACCUUUUUUGAUUCCCUGGUGGCCCAAGCAAAGAUUCCGGACAUUUUCUCCAUGCAGAUGUGUGGGGCCGGAUUGCCAGUAGCUGGAUCUGGUACCAACGGAGGUAGUCUUGUCCUUGGUGGGAUUGAACCAAGUUUGUAUAAAGGAGAUAUCUGGUAUACCCCGAUUAAAGAGGAAUGGUACUAUCAAAUAGAGAUCCUAAAAUUGGAAAUUGGAGGCCAGAGCCUCAACCUGGACUGCAGAGAGUAUAACGCAGACAAGGCCAUCGUGGACAGCGGCACCACGCUCCUACGCCUGCCCCAGAAGGUGUUUGAUGCAGUGGUAGAAGCCGUGGCACGCACAUCUCUGAUUCCAGAGUUUUCUGAUGGCUUCUGGACGGGGGCCCAGCUGGCAUGCUGGACAAAUUCUGAAACACCAUGGGCAUAUUUCCCUAAGAUUUCUAUCUACCUGAGAGAUGAGAAUGCCAGUCGCUCCUUCCGGAUCACCAUUCUGCCCCAGCUCUACAUUCAGCCCAUGAUGGGAGCUGGUUUCAACUAUGAAUGCUACCGUUUUGGCAUCUCCUCUUCCACAAAUGCACUGGUGAUUGGUGCCACCGUGAUGGAAGGCUUCUACGUGGUCUUUGACAGAGCUCAGAGGAGGGUAGGCUUUGCAGUGAGUCCCUGUGCAGAGAUUGCAGGUACCACAGUGUCUGAAAUUUCGGGGCCCUUUUCCACGGAAGACAUAGCCAGCAACUGUGUUCCAGCACAGGCUCUGAAUGAGCCCAUCUUGUGGAUUGUGUCUUAUGCCCUGAUGAGUGUGUGCGGAGCCAUUCUCCUGGUUCUGAUCCUCCUGUUGCUACUCCCACUGCACUGCCGACAUGCCCCCCAAGACCCUGAGGUGGUUAACGAUGAGUCCUCACUAGUUAGACAUCGCUGGAAAUGAAGUGCCUCAUCUGAACUCCAGCAGUCUUGAACUCAGCUCUUCCAAGAGGGAUAUUUCCAGUUGGCUUCUCUGUCCGUUAGUCUGGAACCUCGGCUGUGCAUCUGAAUGCCUUCCAGACUCGCUGUAUCUUGAUUACUCUUGAUUUCCAAGUUUUCAGGUCUUUUCUACUUCAGAGAAAAAUGAUAAUAAAAACACCUCAUUGUGAACCAAAACA